GCCCGCCCGCCUCGGCACGGCGCGGCCCGCUCCGCUCGCCCGGACCGCUCGGCCCCCGCCCGCCUUUAGCCUGGAAGAUGGCGGGUGGCGUGGACGGCCCCAUAGGGAUCCCGUUCCCGGAUCACAGCAGCGACAUCCUCAGCAGCCUGAAUGAGCAGAGGAACAACGGGCUGCUGUGCGACGUGGUCAUCCUGGUGGAAGGCCAGGAGUUCCCCACCCACCGCUCCGUCCUGGCGGCGUGCAGCCAGUACUUCAAGAAGCUCUUCACCUCAGGGUUAGUGGUGGACCAGCAGAACGUGUAUGAGAUAGACUUUGUGAGUGCGGACGCGCUGUCGGCGCUGCUGGAGUUCGCCUACACCGCGACCCUCACCGUCAGCACUUCCAACGUCAACGACAUCCUCAACGCCGCCACGCUGCUGGAGAUCCCGGCCGUCAGGGAUGUCUGCACGGAUCUCCUGGAGAGGAAGAUUCUGGCCAAAAAUGACCAGAUGGAUACAGUAGAUCAAAUUGAUCAGAGGAACCAUCUCAGAGCAAAAGAGUACCUGGAGUUCUUCCAGAGCAACCCCGUGAACGGCCACCAAGGCAGCUUUCCGUGGACCAACCCAGAGUUGAGAGACCUUCAGAGACUGAACUUCCGAGGCCAAGAGGAGGAGGAGGAGGCGAACUGCAACGGCCUGGACUUCUACUCGCAAGCCACCCCAACCGAAAGACCAAAGGCAAGUGACUGUGACCCCGACAGCAACCCGGCCAUGUGGCUGGAGCGCGAGGACGAGGAGCAGGUGGGCGGCGGGAUGUUCUCCCCUUCCCAGAACGGACAUUACAGCAGCCGCGGCCUGGCCACCCCGGCCGAGGAGGAGGGGGGCACCCCCAGGGGCCCCCUGGACCCGCAGGAGGCCGGGGACUCGCCCAGCUUCAUCCCCACGGGCACGGAGACGGAGGACGAUGCCAGGGAGGUGGAUGACCUGGCCGCCAGCGCCCUGCUCCAGCAGAUGAUCAACUCGGUGGGGCGGCAGCAGCUCGGCGACGACGACCGCAAGGACGAGGACGGGGUCAUGGAUUAUUACUUGAAAUAUUUCGGCAGUUCCAGCGAGGGCGACGUGUACCCGUCCUGGUCGCAGAAGGUGGAGAAAAAGAUCAGGGCGAAAGCAUUCCAGAAGUGCCCCAUCUGCGAGAAGGUGAUCCAGGGCGCCGGGAAGCUGCCGCGCCACAUCCGCACCCACACCGGGGAGAAGCCCUACGAGUGCAACAUCUGCAACGUCAGAUUCACCAGGCAGGACAAGCUGAAGGUGCACAUGCGGAAGCACACGGGGGAGAAGCCCUACCUGUGCCAGCAGUGCGGCGCCGCCUUCGCCCACAACUACGACUUGAAGAACCACAUGCGGGUGCACACGGGGCUGCGGCCGUACCAGUGCGACAGCUGCUGCAAGACUUUCGUCCGCUCCGACCACCUGCACAGGCACCUUAAAAAAGAUGGAUGCAACGGGAUCCCGUCGCGGAGGGGCCGCAAGCCGCGGGUCAGGGAGGCCGGCGGGGCCUUGCCCCCCACGCCCACGGAGGACGGGAGCGCCCCGGCCCCCGAGGCCGAGGACGCGGCCGCGGGCAGCGAGGAGCAGCAGCAGCACUUUGAGGAGAAUUCCAAUAACGAAGCGCCGGGAUUGAAUGUAGCAGGAGGGUCGGAUGAGGGUAAUGAGCAAGGACUCUCCUAAACCAAAAAAAAAACACAAAAAAAAAAAAAGAAAA